AAGAGCUGUACAUAUAGAGAAGGAGACGCAGCUGGAAAACAGGGUGACAAACAUCUGAUAUAGAUACUCUCUUUAGAGCUUCAUCAUGCGUGUGUUUAGGGUCUGGCGUGUGCUGUGGUUGCUUGGCUUCAUGAGUGCAUCCUUGUGUAUGAAUGAGGUUGAGGAUGAAGGGAACUACGCAGAUAACUAUGACAACGAGAUCUCUCAGGACCAGCAGGAGGGUGGAACUGAGACCACACCAUGCCAGGUUGCAGAGUUCACUCGCUGGGACAAGCUUUUCAUCGCUCUGGAGGACUCCCACAUGAGACAAAACAUGCUUCUGGAGUCUCUGGAGCAGUGCUGUGGAGGAAUGGUCUCUCUCAGGACCCAGGUGGACAAGCUGGCAAAGGGGACAUGCCAACAGUGUUUACCUAGUCUAGAGUCAGCAUGCAGGGCUCAAGCAGAGCAGGCAAGUGUCAGGCUGCAAAAAGGCUUAGCGGAGCUCCGGGAGGAGGAAGCAGAGAGGGCGACGAGGUUAAGCGCACACUUGCACCAGCUCCUGCGCAGUAGCAGUGAGGGGAAUAUCCGGCUGAGGCGGCUGGAGGAAGGUGGAGGCCAGAGAGCGGUGCCCACGAUGGGCAGCCAAGCAACAGCGAGACCUGGAAGUAUAGGGGCAGGAUUUGGCCUGGGGAUGAAACCAGUUACAUCUGGCCUGAAGGAGCAGGAGGUGACUUCACCAGUGGACUUGGCCACAAUGAAAGAGGCCCUGGUUGCCAUAGCAACAGAGCUGCAGAAGGUUCACCUGCAGCUGAGCAGAGUGAUAGAGGAGGCAGGGACACUGAGGAAGGGCAGAGGGGACACAUGAUUGCCCAUGGGGGAAAAAUAAUAGAUUGACUGGGGACACUCCAGUGAUAAUGAUUUUGCACAUACUCAGUUUUAAUGUUGUUUCUAAUGGGCCUUUUUCAAAAUACGUUAGCUUGUCUUUGUGUGUUGACAAUGAAUUUAAAUGUACCAUAAACGCUGUGGGUUUACUAUAAU